ACACUGUCCUCCUAUAGCUUAUUGAUAAUAUAAUAAAAACGUUUUCUUUUUUAACGUAUAUUCAACAUUUUUUUGGAGGAAGACUGCUCGGUUUUUGACAGGAUUUUUCACCCGAUUUGGAAUCUUUGUAUUUUUUUCUCCAAAAGAAAGAUGAGAAACAAAAACUUUUUGACAUUAACUUCCAGAGAUGGAUUUUUGUUCUUUUUGAGAUAUGUUGCCUGAGAUUAAAGGUGUUUGUGGAAACGCAAGGGAGCCUUUAGAGACGCUGACUGCGGGGCGUAAGUAGCUCUCCAGGGUGCUGAAGUUGUCUCCAAACGCUCCAGACGCAUCGCCCCGAGCUCUUCGUGUCAUUUUCAGUCAGUGGAUCCACACGCGAUGACAGGGCCGUGUCUUCACCAGAGCCACGCCGGGAUGAAUGUAAGGUUCCGGGGAUGGUGAGUUGACGAUUUAUGCGGAGAGAGAACGAAACUGAUCGGACAGGGCACCGGUACGAUUGUCUCCUCGGACCCCUGAAGCCGCCCUGAUGACAGUAAAGAAAUGGUGGUAUCACUGAUAGGUAACCAAUAGUGAACACAAAGAUUCACUGCCUUGGACACCUUGGAAGAACAAUGCAACAUAUUCCUCUAAACUUCAGAGGCUCGCCGUGGGAGUCCAGCCAUCCAUGUUUGCCCAUUAUUAAAAGCAGACCUACUCUACCGACACUGCCCUUUUUCAACUUUCUGUUAUGGGUUCUUCUGGGAGUUUUGACUUUCCCUUGUUGCGUCCGCUGUUUGAUUUUCAAAGUCGGGGUCUUGGGCCCUUGGAACUGCGACCCUGUCUACUACAGGGCCCAGCCGUUAGCAGCCGCCAAGCUGGCAGUCAGCAGGAUAAACGGAGACCUCACUCUAGACCUGGGCCUGAAACUGGACUUCAUUAUCCUGCAGGAGCCUUGCGAAACAUCCAAAGCGCUCACGGCGUAUAUUUACUACGAGAACAUGGCGGACGCGUUCGUUGGCCCCACUAACCCGGGAUACUGCAUCGCAGCUUCUCUUUUGGCCAAGACCUGGGACAAGGCCCUCUUCACCUACGGCUGCAUCGCGUACGAGCUGAACCGAGCCAUGGGAUAUCCUACGAUUACGCGGACCCUGCCGUUUCCAACUGACGUGCUGUACACAGUGCUGAAACACUUCAGGUGGGCCAGCGUGGUGGUGGUCUCAUCCAAUGAAGAUAUCUGGAUAGACGCAGCUGGGAGAGUGGCGUCUGCUCUGAGGAGUAAAGGGCUUCCAGUUCUGCUCGUUACAUCUAUUGGUAUGAAUGACACAGAGGUGGAGAGCACCCUGAGGAAGAUCCAGAAUGCAGGAGAAAUCAGGGUCAUCAUAAUGUGCAUGCACUCCAUCCUGGUUGGAGGUGAGCCGCAGGCUACUUUUCUUCUCAAAGCACACACGAUGGGUCUGACUUCAGGGAAGUAUGUGUUUGUGCCCUACGACACUCUCCUCUUCAGCAUGCCCUACACCAACGUCUCCUACUUCCCCCUGAAAAACAACAGCAGGCUGAGAGAGGCCUACGACGCCGUGCUCACUAUCACCACGGCCUCCGAGCCUCUGUCCUUCAAUGAGGCGUUCACUGCAGCCAAGAGGAGUGGGGAAGUGACGCUGCCGGUGCAGGCAGAGCAGGUUCACCCACUGUUUGGAACCAUCUAUAACAGCAUAUACCUGCUGGCAAAGUCCAUCCACAAUGCCAGGAAAGCAGGCAUGCAGCUGUCAGGCUCCAACCUGGCCUACUACACUAAGAAUAUAAGCUUUAACGGCUUCAACCAGAAGGUCCAGGUGGACACUGGUGGGAAAGUCACGACCAACUACAUCGUCCUGGACUCUGACAACAGUGGCAGUCAGCUGUAUCAGACCUACCUGGUCGACCUAAAUUCAGGAGUUCUUCGCUUCGCAGGGAGGUCUAUCAAUUUUCCGGGAGGAUCGCCUCCGCCGUCCGAUUCCAGCUGCUGGUUUGACAAGGCCAUCUGCUCGGGAGGUGUGGAGGUCACCUACAUCAUAGUGGUGUUAGCUGUCAUCCUAUCUCUGGCUGUAGGAGGCAUCACUAUAAGUUUUUAUAUCAGGCGGAGGAUUCAACAAAUGCAGCUGGUCAAAGGUCCCAAUCGGAUCGUCCUGAACUUAGAUGAUCUCACAUUUAUCAAUCCCCAGCUUAGCAAAAAGAAGAUCACUUUAGAAGAUCUGAGUGAAUCCAAGAGCGCUCUGGAGGAGAAAUCUGCAGACCGCUCUCAGUCUGUCAACAGCAUGCAGACGGCUACUCACGAGACUACCAAUGUGGCUGUGUACGAGGGUGACUGGGUGUGGCUGAAGAAGUUUGAGGAGGGCCACUUCAGGGAGGUGAAACAAAGCACCACCAAGAUUUUCACAAAGAUGAAGGACCUGAGAAAUGAGAACGUGAAUCCCUUCCUGGGCUUCUUUUCGGACAGCUUCAUGUUUGCAGUGGUGACAGAGCACUGCUCGCGAGGCAGCCUGCAGGACCUGCUCAGGAACGAGGAUGUUAAGCUAGACUGGAUGUUCAAGUCCUCACUUCUGCUUGAUCUCAUCAAGGGUAUGAAAUAUCUUCACCACAGAGAUUUCCCCCAUGGGAGACUAAAAUCUCGGAACUGUGUGGUAGAUGGGCGCUUUGUCCUCAAGAUUACAGACUAUGGCUUCAAUGAGCUGCUGGAGUCCCAGAAAGCUCCUAUAGAAGAGCCACCACCAGAAGAUCUAUUUUGGACAGCUCCAGAGUUUUUAAGGGACUUUACAAUUUUUCGUAAAGGGACGUACAAGGGAGACGUGUACAGUUUUUCUAUCAUCCUUCAAGAGGUUGUGGUGAGAGGGUCACCAUACUGCAUGCUGGGUCUAACACCUGAAGAGAUCAUCCGUAAAGUAAAGAAGCCUCCUCCAAUGUGCCGUCCUACCGUGGCCCCGGACCAGGCUCCCCUUGAAUGUAUCCAGCUGAUGAAGCAGUGCUGGAGCGAACAGCCCGACCGCAGGCCAAACUUUGAUGAGAUCUUCGACCGGUUCAAGAUAAUCAACAAGGGCAAGAAGACCAAUAUCAUCGACUCUAUGCUGAGGAUGCUGGAGCAGUACAGCUCUAACCUGGAGGAUCUCAUUCGAGAGAGAACAGAGGAGCUGGAGGUGGAAAAGCAGAGAACGGAGAAGCUGCUGUCUGAGAUGCUCCCACCUUCUGUAGCUGAGGCCCUGAAGACUGGUGCCACAGUGGAGCCAGAGUACUUUGACCAGGUGACCAUCUACUUCAGCGACAUUGUGGGUUUCACUACCAUCUCCUCGCUCAGCGAUCCCAUCGAGGUGGUCGAUCUUCUCAAUGACCUGUACACGCUGUUCGACGCCGUGCUCAGUAACCAUGACGUCUACAAGGUGGAAACAAUCGGUGAUGCUUACAUGGUAGCAUCAGGUCUGCCUAAGAGAAAUGGCAACAAGCACGCGGCUGAGAUCGCCAACAUGUCACUGAACAUCCUCAGCUCAGUAGGAACCUUCCACAUGCGGCACAUGCCAGACGUGCCCGUCAGGAUACGAAUAGGAAUCCACUCAGGGCCGUGUGUUGCUGGGGUGGUGGGUCUGACUAUGCCUCGGUACUGCCUUUUUGGAGACACCGUCAACACUGCCUCUCGUAUGGAAUCCACUGGGCUGCCUUAUAGAAUCCAUGUAAACAUGAGCACUGUGAAGAUCCUCAAUUCUCUUAAUGAGGGUUACAAAAUAGAUGUCAGAGGCAAGACAGAGCUGAAGGGUAAAGGUAUUGAAGAAACGUACUGGCUUGUGGGGAAAACUGACUUUACAAAGCCUUUGCCAAAACCACCAGAGAUUCGACCAGGGGACAACUGGCAAGAGAUGGUGACAGAGGAGAUCAAGAGUCUUUUCCGCAAGGCCAACAGGCAGGUGGACAAGAAGAUGUGAACUUCAGGAAAAAGUAAAACUAGAGGAGAGGAACGAGCAUGAGGAAGAGGAUGCAUCCGGAGAAAGAAAGAGACAAAGAGCUGGGAGGGCCAGGCAGAGGACCAUAACACCGCCGAGCCUCUCACUCUGGCUUAAUACAGACUUCUUUAAGAGGAUUGUCCAUCGACUGGCUAAUCUGACUGCAGCCAACGCAGCAGAAUGCAACGGUGCUAAUGUAAUGAGAGUUGUCACUACCUGCCUACGUAUCUGCUGCCAGAAUCACAGGGAAAGUGCCCCCGUUCCUUAAAGAAGGAUGCGCUCAAUCACUCCUCUCUGCAUUCACUGGCCACUGCGUGGCCACCUAUUUCUGGGCAACCAGAGGUUUACCCAUCAAACCCACUGACGCCCCAAACGACUAUUUCAAAAUGAAAUGUUAUUAUUCUCUUGUCUGCUUUUAGUUUGUCAUAAAAGCUCACGGUAGAGAUGCAGAGCUGAGGCUGUUUCUUAGCUAUGGGCGAAUGUUAGUCGGAGGCAAAAAGCUGCUAUUGUAUAUAAUAACCAAAAAGGCAAAAAGAACAUGUUGCCACUUCUAUUUCUGCUGCCGUAGAGCAGAAGAUCACGUACAACUGAGUCCAUUACAGCACUUUAAUUAAUGUGCUGUCACCCUUUUUGUGACAGCUUUCAACAGAAGUGAUGGAAAAUAUUUUUCUUUUCUAAUAUAGGCUAGUCAGUGAAAUCUUAAGGGCCUUUUGAGAACCAUGUCACUAGUAUCAACGUGCUCAGUGACAAUUUUCCAUUGACAUGUUAUUGUCAGCACUUGAACUCAUUUGGAUUCUUCUCAAAGAUUUCUGAAUGAGAUGGCACUCCUGCUGUGCACAUUUACCAGCAAUAACACAACAUUUCAAAUUAUGUGAGGGAAGGUGAUUUAUGAUGGAUAUAUUUAGUUUAAGAACUAUUUCAUUGUUUAAGAGCUAUUUAAUGACUUAAAAUGUCAAAAGGUUUUAAGCCUUUAGAUUUCUUUACAUUUCAAACUAAAUUCACUAAAAAUUUCAACAUCAAAAUAAUGUUUUUAUAUAAUCUAUAAAACUUUUAUUUUGAUUUAACCACAUUUUAUGUAACAGUUGGCUUCUCUUACGGCUUAAUUGGCAUUAUAUAUUUUAAGUACUACAUUCAGCCAUAACAUUAUCACCUAAUAUUGUGUAAGUCUACUUUGUGCCUCCAAAACAAGAGGAUGGAUGUGGACCUUCUGAGGGUGACCUGUGGUGUCUGGUA